AUGAAGGUCAGGAUAAAGAAAUGGAAUGCGGUAGCCAGCUGGCGCUGGGACGUCCCCGAAGAUGACGUCUGCGGAAUCUGCCGCGUCCAAUUCGAUGGAACUUGUCCAAAUUGUCGAUUUCCUGGAGACGAUUGUCCACUACGUUUGCCGCUCCCACCUCUCCUUGUGUUCCCACGAUCCGAGGGACUGGGCUAACCGAUGCGUUUGGGUAAUUUCUAGUGGUUGGCAAGUGUGGGCAUUCAUUUCACUUGGUCGGUAACGCUCUUGUUUGUUCAUUUUUCGGGCGCAGAGCACGAUGCUAACAUCUCCCGGUGAGGGAACAGCACUGCGUGAACGACUGGAUCCAGACAGAAAGCUCAAGAGGGCUCUGCCCGAUGUGCCGGCAGAAAUUUGAAUUCGUCGCUGAG